GAAGAUGGGGCUCUUCGGGAUCUCGAACUUGCCCUUACCGGCCCUCUCUCCACCACCACUCGCCAAAUUCACCCACUAUAAACCUCCGCCAAAACCUUCUUCCACCGCCGCCGUCGCGGCCAGCACCACCACCCCUGACGACAAAAUCCUACGCCAAGUCCUAUGCAAUGGAGUCUCAAUUCUUCUCUCAUGUGGUCUUCUAUUGUCCUCUCCGCCGUUGUCUUUCUCAAUUGCGAAUGCUUUCGACUUGCCGUCAUUAGUUCAAUCCUCGAUUCCUGCUUCCGAUGCUUCUUCGAUCAGGAAUUGCCGUGAAGAUGAAGAGCGACAAGAAGAUUCUGGGUUGGUGACCAAUGAAGGCAUAGUGGAAGAGGCUUGGGAAGUUGUUUAUGAUAGCUUUCUCGAUACUACUAAUCGUCACCGUUGGUCUCCGGAAACUUGGCUUCAAAAGAAAUUUGAUGUUUUGGGGAUGUCAUAUCAGACAAGAUCAAAAGCUCAUGCUGUUAUUAGGCGGAUGCUGGCCAGCUUAGGUGACCCCUAUACUCGUUUUCUUACUCCUGAAGAGUUCUCCAAGAUGGCGAGGUAUGAUAUGACUGGGAUUGGGAUUAAUUUACGGGAAAUUCCAGAUGACAGUGGAGGUGUGAAAUUGAAGGUUUUAGGGAUCCUUUUAGAUGGCCCUGCCCAUACUGCUGGUGUGAGACAGGGAGAUGAAUUGCUGUCUGUUAAUGGGGUGGAUAUAAGAGGGAAAUCUGCCUUUGAAGCAUCAUCUCUAUUACAAGGUCCCGGUGAAACAUUUGUGGACAUCACGGUCAAGCAUGGAAACUGUGGACCUGUCCAAGCCCUUGAGGUCCAGAGGCAAUCUGUUGCAAAAACUCCCGUUUUUUAUCGCUUGGAGCAGAGUGAAAAUGGAACCACAUCCGUUGGUUAUGUGCACUUGAAAGAGUUUAAUGCGCUGGCAAGAAAAGAUUUGGUUAUAGCAAUCAAGCGACUCGAGGACACGGGUGCUCAAUAUUUUGUGCUUGAUCUUAGAGAUAAUCUUGGUGGACUAGUACAGGCUGGGAUUGAAAUUGCUAAACUCUUUCUAAACAAAGGGGAGACGGUGACUUAUACUGUUGGAAGGGAUCCUGAAUAUGUCAAAAAUAUUGUAGCAGAAGUUCCACCUCUAGUUUCGGCUCCUGUUAUUGUUUUUGUGAACAAAAAUACUGCGAGUGCAAGUGAAAUUGUGGCCACUGCACUUCACGAUAAUUGCAGAGCUGUUCUGGUGGGGGAAAGGACUUAUGGGAAGGGACUGAUUCAAUCUGUUUUUGAGCUGCAUGAUGGAUCUGGCGUUGUUGUCACUGUUGGGAAGUAUGUUACACCAAAUCACAUGGACAUAAAUGGCAAUGGGGUUGAGCCUGAUUUCCGCAGCCUCCCUUCUUGGGAUGAAGUCAUGAAUAAUUUGUCUAAGUGCCAUAAGCCACCAGAAGGAUGAGGUUUUUGGAGUUACUAACGUUGCUCGGACAAUUUCAUGAGUUCAAUGCUCGACAUCAGUGUGCCAGCAAUGAGCCGAAGUUCAAUGAUAUGAUGUGUGUCCUACCUUUGGUUCGUCCUGAAUUCGUGACCUCGCUGAGCACCAUGCAGAGGGAAAUUUCAACAUGUUUAGAGCACAGUUGACUACUUGGCGGUGGUUUCAAAGGAUUUUGUUGGCGUACUAAAUCAAGGCUCAAAAAUAAAAAAUUUCUAUAUUAUUAUUUAACAGUGUUUUAAUUAAGUUAAGGUUUUAUUAAGUUUAUUGGAGUUAAGUUAUAGUAGUUUUAUUGUUUAGAAAUUAGUUAUUUAUUAGAAAAUUUCUUAUAGUGUAAGACUUCUUUACCAAACCAUCUAGUCUAUAAAUAGGGAGAGUUAUUAUUGUUGUCAGCUAAUUAUUGUCGUCAUUUAAAAAGAGUGAAAUUUGAGAGCCUUGUUAUCAAGUGUAAUAAUGAUAUAUGGUUGAUUUAUUUCUCUUCUCCUGCACAUGUACAUGUAUGUGUGUAA